GGAUCUAUUUACACACUAUCAAACACCAAACCUCUUCUUCUCUCUCCAAAUCAAUCUGUAAACCAAACACCUCUUUCUCACAUCAUCUUACCACCUUACCCAAACAAUUAGAUAUAUAAACACAUAAAUAAUAUAUAACUCAAAUUUUGUUUUUGACUAUCUUUCUCUUUUGGGUUUUUAAUUUCGAAAACAACCCACCUAUUUGAUUUUAUCAUCAUCAUUUUUCCUUGUUUUCAUAAAAGCCGUUAUGCUUUGGACCGCCGCCUUUUUAGUAUUCUUGUUCACCAUAGUAAUCUUCUAUUUUGCUUUUAAUUUUCUGGGCUUCUCCUAUUUCCAGUUUUCAAGGUAUAACCAUCAUUAUCUUGCCCAUUUCGUAAAUUUGGUCAUAUUUUCAGGAGGGAUAUUUUCAAAAGUCGGUUGAAUUUUACUAAAAACAGAAAACAUGUGGGGUUCGAUCUUUUCCUAUAGAUGAGGGUUUUCCAAUCUUUUUUUCUGGACAAAUUAUCGAAAUUCCCGCUAAAAUUUCAAUUUGUCAUCAUCUCCUCUUUUUUUCUGGUGAUUAUUUUAAGUUAUCUCAACUGGGUUUUGGAGUUUUCCUUUGAUAAUUAUCUGGGUAGUUUUGGAUUUAUAUCAUCUUAUAGGAUGGAGCGUUUCUUGUACCUGGUGACUGAUUUUGAGCUCCAGUUGACUAAGGUCGUUGUUCUGGAGUGGUUGAAUCGUGAGUUUGCAAAGUGAACAGUUCCAACGUCAUUGUCGGCAAAUUACGUGCGUACUUGAACUAAGUGCAAAUGGACGAGAAUAUUGAAGACUUAAGCUGUGGAAGAGUAAAUGUUGGUGUUUUCUACUAUCUGAUAUUUUCUUUCAUGAUUUUGGCAUUUUAGAGCUAAAAUUUGUAGUGGUUUCAAUGGAAUACUCCUUUUCUCCUAAGGAAAAGGGUCAUAGUUUUUGGUCUUCUACAAGUCCGCAAUCAGAUAUCCCUAUGUCAGUUGAUAAUGAAGGAAUGAAUUCAACGGAACAGUUUGGUAACAUGUCGGAGAUGAUGACAUUAGAUGGUUAUGCUGGUUGGUGUAAUAACCCUACGUCGAAUGAGCAGUUGUUUGCGUCUUAUGUGUAUUCGUCUCUUCCACCGAUGCCCUCAAAUUAUGCUGCUUAUGAUCAUCUUAGUUUUGCUGAACCAAAUAAUUCUGCAUUUUCUAUGAAUGACAAUGAAUGUAGUAAUCAGAAUAAUAAUGUCUUUGGGAGUUCUCUCAAUUAUGCUGAUAAGAUGACGUUUCCUCAUAAAGAUGCACAACUUAGUCCUAAUUUUGGUCCCUUGGAGAAUAAUGAUACUUCUUCAAAACAAGAGAACAUGUUUGUGCUGUCACAGAACAUAGUUCCUCGGCCUCUUGGGCAUUCGCUGCCUGAAAGAAUGCUUCGUGCUUUAUCAUUAUUUAAAGAGUCAUCUGGCGGAGGGAUAUUGGCUCAAGUGUGGGUUCCUAUUAGAGCUGGAGAUCACUAUAUAUUGAGCACGUGCGAGCAGCCAUACUUGCUUGAUCAGAUGCUGCUAGGUUAUCGGGAAGUAUCUAGGUCAUAUACUUUCUCUGUUGAACAGAAACCAGGUUCCUUUCCUGGGCUUCCAGGUCGUGUUUUUAUUUCCAAGUUACCGGAGUGGACUUCAAAUGUUAGCUAUUAUAGUUCUGCUGAAUACUUACGUGGUAAACAUGCUCUUGAUCAUGAAGUUCGUGGAUCUGUUGCGAUACCCAUAUUUCUUCCUUCUGAAAGAUCAUGUGCUGCAGUGUUGGAGCUUGUGACUGUAAGAGAAAAAUCCAACUUUGAUGAAGAAAUGGAAUCUGUUUGCCGUGCACUUAAGGCGGUAGAUUUGAGGACAGCUACUCCUCCUCGACUUCUUCCGCAGCGUCUCUCAGUAAACCAGAAGUCUGCCUUGGUGGAGAUAACUGACGUGUUACGAGCUGUAUGCCAUGCUCAUAGAUUGCCCUUGGCCCUUACAUGGAUCCCCUGUACUUAUGAUGAGGAAGAAGGUGAUCAAGUAUUCAGGAUACAAGUUCAAGACAAUAGUUUAAAUCUGAACAAGAAGCCAGUAUUGUGUAUUGAAGAGACUGCUUGCUAUGUGAAUGACAAAGAAAAGCAAGGAUUUGUCCCUGCAUGUGCAGAACAUUUUCUUGAAGAAGGGCAAGGUGUCGCUGGCAAAGCUCUGCAAUCAAAUCUCCCCUUUUUCUUCCCUGAUGUCAAAAACUAUCAUAUUAGUGAAUAUCCACUUGUCCAACAUGCUCGAAAAUUUGGAUUAAGUGCUGCUGUUGCAAUUAGGCUCAGGAGCACUUAUACUGGGAAUGAUGAUUAUAUAUUGGAGUUCUUUUUGCCUCUAAACAUUAAAGGUAACAAGGAGCAGCAACUACUGUUGGAUAGCCUUGCGGGUACCAUGCAAAGAAUAUGUAGGAGUUUGAGGACUGUUACAGAGGCAGAACUGGUUGGUUCUCCAGAGUCUAAGAUUGAACAUUAUGGAGUGUCACAGUGCUUCUUUCCAAAGGAUCUACCAUUAAUGAGUUCUCCGCAGUUAUUUGGUCAAAGCGGGUCGAAUGGAACUGAACAAAUGACUUUGAAUCGACCAAGCCUAAAAAAUGAUUGUAUCAAAGAAGAUGGCAUUUCGGAGCAGGCAAGUGGUGGUUCAAGAAGGCCAAUGGAGAAGAAGCGAAGUACAGCGGAGAAGACUGUAAGCCUUGGUGUUUUGCAGCAAUAUUUUUCUGGGAGCCUUAAGGAUGCUGCGAAAAGCAUUGGUGUUUGCCCGACCACUUUAAAAAGAAUAUGCAGACAGCAUGGUAUCUCAAGAUGGCCUUCACGGAAGAUAAACAAGGUGAAUCGCUCACUGAGGAAAAUCCAAACUGUUCUCGAUUCUGUCGAAGGAGUAGAAGGGGGAUUGAAGUUUGAUCCUACAACAGGGGAGCUUGUAGCUGCUACAGGCUCUGUCAUACAAGAACUCGAUGCUCGGAAAAGCCUAUUCUUGCCCAGCAAAAGUGUACCGGCUAAAAAUUGUGAAGCAACUAAACAAGAUGAAAUGUGCUUUCCUCCUGCAACUUGUUUCAAUGGUGAAUAUCCUUCUGUUAAACUGGAGAGGGACUCCUUUAUUAUUACUGGUCACCAGUCAGCUCGAGGUGUAACCAUGUUCGAUGCUGAGACUCGCAAACACGAUUUGAAAAAAUCUGGGUACAGGAUUGCAAGAGAGGAAGUAGAAAGUGAUGAUGGAGGAUUCAUGGAGAACAACCAGGCUAGUUCCUCGGGCAUGACAGACUCAUCAAAUGCCUCUGGUUCUAUGUCUAGCUCACCUAACAGUAAUGAUAAGAGGAGACAAUUUAAGGACAAAAUGAGCAAUGAAGAUGCCGCCGGAUCACGAAUCACAAUUAAAGCAACAUACAGGGAAGAUACUGUCCGGUUUAAGUUUGAGCCAUCAGCUGGAUGUCUUCACCUCUAUGAAGAGGUUGCGAACCGGUUUAAGGUUGAGCUUGGAACUUUUCAGCUCAAGUACCUAGACGAUGAAGAAGAAUGGGUAAUGUUGGUGAGUGACUCAGAUUUACAGGAAUGCCUCGAGAUCAUGGAGUUUCUUGGGAAAAGUAGCAUCAAGUUUCUCGUUCGUGACAUGCCUUGUGGUAUGGGGAGUUCAGGCGGCAGCAACUGCUUCUUGGCUGGAAGUUGCUAGGUAGAUGAGUUGCUCGAAUCUCCUAUAAAAUCAUGUCUUUUACAAUGUUACAAGGAAAAGGGGGGGUUCUGGAAAGACAUUAACCUGGUAGCUGCAGAUGGAAGACGUACAAAUAGCCAUCGAGGUCGACAAAUAGAGUACUUAAAUAGAUAUAGGUUUGUACAGUAGAGUCAGUAGUCUAUGCAUGUGGUAGUGAUGCAGAGCAAGGCUCUUCUUUUUCAUAGAGAUUGUUAGAUUAGUUUCGUGCUUGUGUAUAGAGAACUUUCUUUCACGUACCAAUACGACUAUACGAGGCUAUAUAAAAUCAAGUUUUAAUGGUUUUGAAUCA